AUGAUUGUACCACCGGGCAUCCUAGAGCGGACCGGAAGUUUGCGCGUCUCACCCAGCCGGGCGGGAACGAAAAGUGGCUUGCGUUGGGGGUGUUCGAGGAGCCGACGCCUCCGUCUGGGAGGGCUGCCCUACGCCAACUCCUCAGGCUUUUUGUUAGAGGGUCAGAGUUCCUCCGAGGCGGAAGCUGCGGUCGAGGGGAAGGGUCAGUCUGCGCGGCGACAAUCGGACCGACCUCCUCUGCUGACAGCUUGUGGUGUGGAAGAAGCCCCUCUCUCCGCGGGCCAGAAUGGCGGCAACCUCAAUGGCCCAGCUUUGGCUGGCCAGGCUUCAGAGGAACAAGGAGAGAUUAUCAAAGUAAAGGUUAAAGAAGAAGGUCAUGUUUGGGAUCAAGAAUCCUGCCUACAGAAGAAUUUGUCUCAUACCAGAGAACUCUCUCCUCAGCGUUUCAGGCCGUUCUGCUAUGAGGAGACACCUGGACCCAGCAAGGCUCUGAACCAACUGCAGGAACUUUGCCAUCAGUGGCUGAGCCCAGAGAUACAUACCAAAGAGCAGAUCUUGGAAUCGUUGUUGCUGGAGCAGUUCCUGACCAUUUUGCCUGAGGAGCUCCAGGUUUGGGUGUGGGAGCACAAUCCUGAGAGUGGAGAGGAGGUAGUGACUGUGCUGGGGGAUUUGGAGAAGGAGAUUGACGAACCUAGACAGCAGGUCUCACAGGGCAUAUAUGUGCUGGAAGUUCCUAUGGAAGAAGUGACUCCUCUGGAUAUUGCAAAGGAGUCCUUAGGUACCCAGCUCCAGUCUGUUGAAGACAGAAUGGAAUGUGAAUCUCCAGAGCCACACCCACUUCAAGAUAAUGAGUCAUUUUUGUGGUCUAUGAUGUUGCAAUGGAUGGAUGAUGAUGAUCUCAGUAGCUUAGAUAUUAAUGAAGCAGAAAUUGAACUAGAAAACAUGAGAGAAAAAUUUUUCAGAAGUCUAGCAGUGUUAUUGGAAAACAAUAGUAAUAACACCAAGAUAUUUUCUAAAGCAAAGUACUGUCAAUUAAUAAGGGAAGUGAAAGAGGCUAAAGUUAAGGCAUAAAAGGAAUCAGUUGAUUACCAUUGCUUGGCUAGAUUUGAUGUGAUCCUUGUAAUAGGAAGGAAGCUGAUUGAGGCUAUUAGUGGGGAAGCAGAUAAAAUAUGGUAUUAUUUACACGGUGAGAACUUAUUUGACAUUCUACAUGAUACACAUCUUAGCAUUGGACAUGGUGGACAUACCCACAUGGAAAAAGAGUUACAAGCAAAAUACAAGAACAUCACAAAAGAAGUUAUAAUGCUGUACUUGACACUCUGCAAACCAUGCCGACAGAAAAAUUCAAAACUCAAGAAAGUUCUAAUAUCAAAAACAAUUAAGGAAGUUAACUCAAGAUGCCAAGUAGAUCUUAUAAACAUGCAAUUGAAUCCUGAUGGAGAGUUUAAAUUUAUAAUGCAUUAUCAAGACCUUCAUAUGAAGUUGAGUUUUUUGCGGUCAUUAAAAUCUGAAAGGCUUCGGGAAGUUGCACAUGCUCUAUUAGAUAUUUUUACAAUUAUUGGAGUACCCAGUGUCCUGCAAUCUGAUAAUGGGAGGGAGUUUUCAAGAUGGAUUGUCAAUGAACUCAGUGACAUUUGGCCAGAAUUGAAAAUUGUCCAUGGGAAGCCUCAGCCUUGCUAAAGCCAAAGUUCUAUAAAUCAAACUAAUAAGGUAUCCAAAAGGAUUAUCUCCUGUAUACAAACUAACAAUUCAUCACACUAUGGAUUUUUGUGGUUCAUUCAGAUGACCCAAAAUCAACCCUACCACAGAGGCAUGCAACAGACUCCAUGUGAAGGUACAUUAGUUCUGAAACUAAACGACCUGUGUCAUUCUCAGUUAACUAAAGAACUUGUUGCUAGCCUGACCACAGAAAAUGAAUUAGAGCAGGCCAACAGAGAAUUUGGAAACAAUUUAAGAACCCACUAUGAAGUAAACUUUGAGACUGGAACAGAUAGUAGUGAUAUUGAAGAGAAUCUUUUUAUUACUCCUAAGGUGGUCCAAAAAAACCCCCCUAAAAACAGACUAAAAUUUUCCUGUGUAGUUUGUGAAAAAGAAUGUACGGGUGCUAAUAUUUGUAUAUCAUGUAACAGAAAUGUCCACGCAAUCUGUGGAGUGCCCUCUCAACCUAAGACCAAGGAUUACCAUCACAGAAUAACUUGUAGUCUUUGCUGUGAGACCACUACAAUAAAAAGGAAACAUGAUGAAAUUCAGAGUUUGACUGUUCAACCUUCUAAAAUGCUAAAGCCAUCAGAGACACCAUUUUCAUCAGACAAAGUAGGAGAUUGGAUGGCUAAACAAGCUUCACUGGACUUUUUUAUCAAAAAAAAAAAAAGAUACACCUUUUCUGACUAUAGCAGUAGUAAUAAAAGAAAUUAUAACAAUGGAAGUCAUUCUGAAGAAGUGAAAACAAAAAGAAUUCAUACUAGUUUUACUCAGAAGUAUGAUCCCUCAUAUAUCGAAUUUGGUUUUGCAGCCAUAAUUGGUGGUGAAGUGUUAAAACCACAGUGUAUUAUUUGUGGAGAUGUACUAUCUAAUAAAGCAAUGAAACCAUCAAAACUUAAGCGUCAUUUAUAUUCAAAACAUAUAAGUUCACAACCAAAAGAAUUUUUUGAAAAAAAGAGUAGUGAAUUGAAAAGUCAACCAAAACAGGUGUUCAGUGUCUCUCAUAUAAACAUUAGUGCUUUGCGCUCUUAUAAAGUAGCACUUCCAGUUGCCAAGUCUAAAACACCAUACACAAUUGCUGAGACAUUAGUGAAAGACUGCAUCAAAGAAGUUUGCUUGGAAAUGUUGGGUGAAUCUGCAGCAAACAAGGUAGCUCAAGUACCGCAUUCCAAUGACACCAUAGCUCGAUGUAUUCAGGAACUGGCUCAUGAUAUGGAAGACCAACUCAUAGAACAAAUAAAAGUAGCAAAGUAUUUUUCAUUGCAACUUGAUGAAUGCAGAGAUAUUGCUAACAUGAUAAUUCUUUUAGCAUAUGUGAGGUUUGGGCAUGAUGAUAUAAAAGUUUUUUUUUCAGCCUCUUUACCAACAAACACAACUAGUUCAGAACUGUAUGAAGCUGUGAAGAAUUAUGUUGUCAACAAAUGUGAUUUGGAAUUUAAGUUUUGUAUAGGAGUAUAUUCUGAUGGUUCAGCUUCAAUGACAGGAAAACAUUCUGAAGAAGUGACCAAGAUUAAGGAACUUGCGCCAGAAUGUAAAAUAAUGUAUUGCUUUAUUCAUCGAGAAAGUCUUGCUGUGAAAAAAUCAGUUGAACUAAAUAGUGUGCUUACUGACAUUGUAAAAAUUGUGAAUUAUGUAAAACCUAAUGCAUUAAAUUCCAGAUUAUUCUCUUUAUUAUAUGAUAAUAUGGAAGCUGAUCAUAAAUAACUGUUAUUGCAUGCUGAGAUAUGGUGGUUAUCACAGGGAAAAGUUCUAUCAAGAAUGUUUGAAAUACGAAAUGAACUCUUAGUAUUCCUACAAAGCAAGAAGCCAGUUUGGUCCCAACUUUACAAAGAUGUGAAUUGGACAGCCAGACUUGCUUAUUUAUAUUUAAAUAUCUUCAGUAUUUUUAAUCUUAAUGUUUCCAAUCAAGGAAAGAAAACAUGUUUUUCAAUGGAAGAUAAGAUAGAAGGACAAAAACAAAAGUUGGAAGCUUGGAGAAACAGAAUUUCUACAGAUUGUUAUGAUAUGUUCCGUAAUUUAACAACUACUAUCAGUGAAGUAGGUGAUGAUCUUGAUAUUGCAUAUCUGAGAAGAGUUAUCAGUGAACAUCUUACAAAUUGGUUAGAUUAUUUUCCAUCAAAAGAAAAUCUACGCAUAGGAAAUUCAUGGAUUCAAAAUCCAUUUCUUUCAUCAAAAGAUAAUAUAAAUUUAACUAUAACUCUACAGGAUAAGUUGUUAAAACUUGCUACUGAUGAAAGAUUAAAAAUGAAUUUUGAAAAUACAGUGUCUCUUGCUUCAUUUUGGAUAAAAAUUAAAAAUAAGUAUCCUGAGCUUGUUGAGAUUGCUUUAAAACCUCUUCUUCUCUUCCCGUCAACAUAUCUCUGUGAGACUGGGUUCUCUACUAUAAAUGUUAUUAAAACAAAACAUAGAAACAGUUUAAAUAUACAUCAUGCUCUGAGAAUAGUGUUGCCAUCAAUCCACCCUAGAUUAGACAAAUUGACAAACAAGAAGCAAGCUUACUUAUCAUGUUAA